CUUUUUAGUUUAAAUCCUGGAUGGGUUUUUUUUACUCUGGGAACACAGCUGGACCAAAAAAAGGUUGUUUUGAUCGAGAAUGCGUGACAACAGAUCACUUGGGAGAUAACAAGAAGAGCAGCAGGUGAGAUCACAGCGCUGUCCUGUCUGCUGGUAUGGAAGUGAUCGUGUCCCGAAAGUCCAUCCAGUGAAAUGUUCUCGUCUCCAGGCUGUCACUAGAUGGUGCAAUUCAACAAAAGAUGUGCUCAGGGUCGUCUGUUAGCUCCAGCCGUUUUCUGCAUCGUUUGAGGAGCAUCCGGAGAAUCUAGGACAUUUACCAGCUCACCUCCAUUAGUGGCCAGCCUGGCCGUGGCAGCAUGGAUGGGUCAACUUCUGUCCUUGUCCGUGGCUUUAAACGUCCUCUGCCAUGGCGAAGCGUGAGGCCGGGAGCACCAGCCCGGUGGUGCGUCAGAUAGACAAGCAGUUUCUGGUGUGCAGCAUUUGUCUGGAUCGCUACUCCAACCCCAAGGUCCUGCCCUGCCUGCACACCUUCUGCGAAAGUUGCCUCCAGAACUACAUUCCCCCGGAGUCUCUGACGCUCUCGUGUCCGGUGUGCCGGCAGACGUCCAUCCUGCCAGAGAAAGGAGUUUGUGCUCUGCAGAACAACUUCUUCAUCACUAACCUCAUGGAGGUUCUUCAGCGAGACCCAGAGUGCUCCCAGCCGGAUGCCUGCAGUGUCCUGGAGUCCGUCAGCGCUGCAGCUGCAGUGAAGCCCCUCUGCUGCCCAAACCACGAGGGAAAGGUGAUGGAGUUCUACUGCGAGUCGUGUGAGACCGCCAUGUGUCGGGACUGCACCGAGGGCGAGCACCGGGACCAUGUGACCGUCCCGCUGCAGGACGUCGUGGAACAGCACAAGGCCGCUCUGAAGACACAGCUGGAUGCCAUACUGAGCAGGCUUCCUCAGUUAACGGCCUCCGUCGAGCUGGUGACCGAGGUCUCCCGCCAGCUGAACGAGAGGAAGAACGACGCGGUGUCGGAGAUCAGCGGCACGUUCGAAGAGCUGGAGCGGGCGCUGCGUCAGCGCAAGACGUCCCUCGUCGGCGACCUGGAGGCCAUCUGCAGCACGAAGCAGAAGGUCCUGCAGGCUCAGCUUUCGUCUCUCCUCCAGGGGAAGGAACACAUCCAGAGCAGCUGCAGGUUCACCGAGCAGGCUCUCAGCCACGGGAGUGCUACGGAGGUGCUGCUUGUUCAGAAGCAGAUGAGUGAGCGCGUGACAGCGCUGGCCAAACACGAUUUCCCGGAGAGACCACAUCAGAAUGCACACCUGGACUGUCAGGUGGAGACUGAGGGUCUGCGACGCUCCAUUCAGAACCUGGGAGUUCUCCUCACCACGGCCGCUGUGGCUCACACCUCAGUAGCCACGGGAGAAGGCCUCCGCCAUGCAACUACUGGGCAGCACCACACGAUCACCGUGACCACCAAAGACAAAGAUGGUGAGUUGGUGCGGACAGGAAAUGCUCUUUUAAAAGCAGAGAUAACGUCUGUCGACGGAAGCCGCAUGGCAGAGGUGGAUAUAGCGGACAAUAAGAAUGGGACGUACGAGGUAGGCUACACGUUGCGCUCCGAGGGAGAGUACUCUUUUGCUCUGUUGCUGUACGGCCAGCCGAUACGGGGCAGUCCGUUCCGCCUGCGGGCAAUCAAGCCCUCGGAUGUGCCACAAUCUCCAGAUGACGUGAAGAGGAGGGUGAAGUCUCCCAGCGGGACAGGGGGUCACAUACGGCAGAAAGCGGUGCGUCGUCCGUCCAGCAUGUACAGCACCACCAAGAAAAAGGAGAACCCCAUUGAGGACGAGCUCAUCUAUAGAGUGGGUUCCCGAGGCAGAGAAAAGGGGGAGUUCACAAAUCUGCAAGGGAUAUCAGCCUCUCGUAACGGUAGAGUCGUGGUGGCUGACAGCAACAAUCAAUGCAUACAGGUGUUCUCCAACGAUGGAACGUUUAAGAUGCGCUUUGGGCUCAGAGGUCGUUCUCCGGGGCAGCUGCAGAGGCCCACAGGCGUCACUGUGGACAUGAACGGUGACAUCGUGGUCGCCGACUAUGACAAUCGAUGGGUCAGCAUCUUUUCCUCUGACGGCAAGUUCAAGAAUAAGAUCGGUUCGGGUCGGCUCAUGGGACCUAAAGGUGUCGCCGUGGACAAGAAUGGACACAUCAUCACCGUGGACAACAAGGCCUGCUGCGUCUUCAUCUUUCAGUCCAAUGGGAAGUUAGUGACUAAGUUCGGAGGCCGGGGGACGGCCGACAGACAGUUUGCAGAAAAACUUGGUCCAAACUUUAAUAAAUCUGACCCAGUUUUCAGUCCGCACUUUGUUGCCGUGAACAACAAAAAUGAAAUUAUCGUGACGGAUUUCCACAAUCACUCCGUGAAGGUGUACAAUGCAGAUGGAGAGUUCUUGUUCAAAUUUGGCUCUCACGGUGAAGGCAACGGUCAGUUCAAUGCUCCCACCGGUGUGGCCGUGGACGCCAACGGAAACAUCAUCGUAGCUGACUGGGGUAACAGCAGAAUACAGGUGUUUGACAGCGCAGGCUCCUUCUUAUCUUACAUCAACACGUCAGCAGACCCGCUGUACGGGCCCCAGGGCCUCGCCCUCACCUCAGAAGGACACGUGGCUGUUGCCGACUCUGGAAACCACUGCUUCAAGGUGUACAGAUACCUGCAGUAGGCAGACACAACCGUUACUCACACAAGUUAAGAUCCCUCACUGCUUCUGGACAGCAGACCGCAACGGGACUGAAACACGUCACUGCGGCCCCCGGGUUCCACUCAUCCAUUUGACUCCACAUUAUUCAGAAGAUCCAAAAAUUCAGAGCUUCAGAGAAAAUAAUUGGAGAUAAAUUAAAACAAAACAAAGCAUCAACAAUUCAAGUGUAAUCAAAAUGUAUGUUAAUAAACUAGCUAUCCCAAAUAUUAUUGCAAGAGGUCACAUUAAUUACCUCGCUGAGGAAAAAACUUAUCUCAGGAGACUAUUCUGGUUUAUAAAGAAAUUCACUUCCACGAGCAAAUAAUGAAUGAAAUAUCCUGUGAUUGGAUGUUUCCUUAUUUAAUCAGUUAUCAAUUAGUCUACCUUUACAGGGUUCAUACGGUCAGGGAAAACCUGGAAAAGUCAUGGCAUUUUAAAAUGGUUAUUUCCAGGCCUGGAAAAAAGUCCUGGAAUAUUAUAAUGAAAUCCCAAAAGUCUUGGAAAAUACAUGGAAAUGUGUUAUAUUCAAAUGUUAAUUCAUGCAAUCUGAUUAAAAGAAUAAACAUUUAGAUAAAUAUGUA